AUGUCCCGAUCUGUCGGCUACCGGCACAUGAAAGCGCCGAGUCGUACCGGGUUGCAGCCACAUCUGGAUGAGCAGAGGUUCUCCGUCCCUGUGAAGGUGGCUUUAAGGGUUAUCUGGCAGGCGGCCAGCUCACAGCCUGCUGACAGCUCUGUGUCGCUGUGUUCUUCAAAGAGAGCGAAGGCAGCAGUUUUCAGCUUCCUGCCGAUCCUCACCUGGCUGCCGUCGUAUCCUGUGAAGGAGUUCCUGUUUUCAGACGUGGUUUCAGGUCUCAGCACCGGAGUCGUGCAACUCCCUCAAGGUCUAGCCUACGCCAUGCUGGCUGCUGUGCCUCCAGUGUAUGGUCUGUACUCCUCUUUCUACCCCGUCCUUCUCUACACCUUCUUCGGCACGUCCAGACACAUAUCAAUAG